AUGGCAGACGCUGGUGAGACUAGGCAUAGGAUAUGGUAUCUUUCACUUGCGCUUACAUCUUCUUAUUGCUUACUUGUCAAAGGCUUCUUCAAAGGCACCUCUGCCGAACAGGAUAGACGGUUUUCCGACAAGGAACUCAAGCUGCUCAAAAGCAUGAAGUUCCCCCCAGAAUUCGACAAGAAGGUGGAUAUGCGAAAAGUUAACCUUGAAGUUAUCAGACCAUGGGUUGCGAAAAAGGUGACAGAACUAGUUGGUUUUGAGGACGAAGUGGUUGUGGAGUACGCAAUGGGGCUUUUGGAAGACCAAAAGCAGUCUUUUCCGGACCCCAAGAAAAUGCAAAUCAAUUUAACUGGAUUUCUAACGAAGGAUACCCCGGCGUUCAUGCUUGCGUUGUGGAAGCUACUUUUGGAGGCUCAAGAGGAAGUGAGCGGUGUACCCCAGCCAUUGACGAGAGGGAUAGACGGGCUCGGUUGGACGAUAUACGGGAUGGUAGAGGUGGGCGCGGCGGACGGGGGGACGGUCGUGGGCGGGGCAGAGGUCGAGGUCGGGGCAGAGGUGGCUAUGAGGAUAACGGAAAUGGUAGACCGCGUGAUAGCGGUUGGGGCGGGCGGGGUGGAGCACCAGAAGGGCGUCCGCGCCGUCGUUUCGCUUCCCGUUCUCCUCCUCGCCGACGAUCACCUUCGAGGUCGCCUUCGAGGUCUCCGGGUCCAAACAGACGAUAUCGCUCUCCAGCAAGGCGACGAUCGCUUUCUCGAGACGUACAAAGCUCUCGUUCCCCUCCACCUCGCCGCCGUUCACCCCCUCGUCGUUCGCCUUCGAGAUCAUUAUCACGCUCUCCGCCUCCGAACAGAUCGAGAGCCCAACCCCACCGCCUCUGAAGCACCGUAUAUCUUCGGCCCGUUCUCCAUCUCGAUCGCCCUCGAGGUCCAGGACGCCUCCCCGACGACCACCAAGGCGUCGCAGUGCCUCCCCGCACAGACGCAGAAGCGCAAGCCCCCCGAGACGUCGGCGGCGUCGAUCCCCUUCAAUGUCUUCACGAUCUCACGAGAUGCUACCGGCAGGAGCAGCAAACGUCAGCGCCGCAGUCCCAGCCCCUCAGGCAGUGCAUCCUCUGGCAGUAAGAACACGCGUCCGAACGAUAAGAUGGAUGUAGAUAAGUUUCCUAAGGGAGAAUUGAAGAUUAAAGGCCAGGCAGAGGUCGAGCGGAAGAAGAGUAAUUGGGACGAUGAUCUUGAUAGUCCGGUUUUCAUGCAGACCCAAGAAGAACUUGAAAGGCGAGAGAAUGAGUUGAAGGAGAAAGCGCUGAGGAAUAAGGUCAUGAGGAGCCGCAAAGCUACGUGA